UCUUUUUCUAAACCUCAGCUAUUUGGGGCCGUUUCACUCUCCUCUUUCAAAGCUCAUCUUCAUAAACCCUAAACCCUAGCAACCAAGGUGCCCUCAGAUCGCUCCGUUUCAAUGGCCACCGCCGUCCUCCUCAGAUCUCUUCGCCGCCGCGAUAUUUCCUCCGCCCCUAUCUCUGCUUUCAGAACAUUAACUGGAAACACCAAACCAUCAUGGGCAGUAAGCAACAAGUGGGCAGGUCUUGUGAGGCCAUUCAGCACCAAACCGGCUGGAAAUGAUGUGAUUGGUAUUGACUUGGGUACAACGAAUUCUUGUGUGUCUGUUAUGGAGGGAAAGACUCCAAAAGUUAUUGAGAAUGCUGAGGGUGCUCGGACAACUCCAUCAGUAGUUGCUUUUAGCCCGAAAGGAGAACUGUUGGUUGGAAUACCAGCAAAGAGACAAGCUGUCACUAAUCCGACAAACACAGUCUUUGGCACCAAGCGUCUAAUUGGUAGACGUUUUGAUGAUGCUCAGACACAGAAAGAAAUGAAGAUGGUUCCUUACAAAAUUGUCAGAGCUCCUAAUGGUGAUGCAUGGGUUGAGGCCAAUGGGCAGCAGUACUCCCCAAGUCAGAUUGGUGCUUUUGUCCUGACCAAGAUGAAGGAAACUGCUGAAGACUACCUCGGGAAGACUGUCACAAAGGCUGUUGUGACUGUCCCUGCGUAUUUCAAUGAUGCUCAGCGACAAGCCACAAAGGAUGCUGGGAGAAUUGCAGGGCUUGAUGUGCAAAGGAUUAUUAAUGAGCCUACUGCAGCUGCACUCUCAUAUGGUAUGAACAACAAAGAAGGCCUGGUUGCAGUUUUUGACCUUGGAGGUGGAACAUUUGAUAUAUCCAUUUUGGAGAUUUCCAAUGGUGUCUUUGAGGUGAAAGCCACAAACGGUGACACAUUUUUGGGAGGGGAGGACUUCGAUAAUACUUUGUUGGAGUUUUUGGUGAGUGAAUUUAAGAGAACAGACAGUAUUGAUCUGUCCAAGGAUCGUCUUGCUCUUCAGAGACUACGGGAGGCAGCUGAGAAGGCAAAGAUAGAGCUCUCAUCAACUGCUCAGACUGAGAUCAGCUUGCCCUUCAUCACUGCUGAUUCAACCGGGCCAAGGCAUCUGAAUAUCUCAUUGACAAGGUCUAAGUUUGAGGCUCUGGUUAACAGUUUGAUCGAGAGGACUAAGAAUCCUUGCAGGAGUUGCUUGAAGGAUGCUGGCAUCUCCAUCAAGGAGGUGGACGAAGUUCUCCUCGUUGGAGGAAUGACCCGUGUUCCAAAGGUUCAGGAAGUAGUUACUGAAAUCUUUGGAAAGUCCCCUAGCAAAGGUGUGAAUCCUGAUGAAGCUGUUGCCAUGGGGGCUGCUAUUCAGGGUGGCAUUCUCCGAGGUGAUGUCAAAGAGUUGCUUCUCCUUGAUGUUACACCGUUGUCUCUAGGUAUUGAGACACUUGGUGGAAUCUUUACCAGAUUGAUCAACAGAAAUACCACAAUUCCAACAAAGAAAAGCCAGACAUUCUCGACCGCUGCUGACAAUCAGACCCAGGUCGGCAUCAAAGUCCUUCAAGGAGAGCGUGAAAUGGCCACAGACAACAAAAUCCUCGGUGAAUUCGACCUCGUGGGUAUUCCUCCAGCUCCUAGGGGCUUGCCUCAGAUCGAAGUAACUUUCGACAUUGACGCCAACGGUAUCGUGACUGUUUCCGCGAAGGACAAAACCACCGGCAAAGAGCAGCAGAUCACAAUCCGGUCAUCAGGUGGUCUAUCGGAGGAUGAGAUCGAGAAGAUGGUCAAGGAGGCCGAGGCGCACGCCCAGAAGGAUCAAGAGAGGAAGGCGUUGAUCGAUGUCAGAAACAACGCCGACACCACCAUCUACAGCAUCGAGAAGUCCUUGAACGAGUACAGGGAGAAGAUUCCAAGCGAAGUGGCAACCGAGAUCGAGACUGCCGUCGCAGAUCUGAGGAGCGCGAUGGCCACAGAGAACAUCGACGACAUAAAGGCGAAGCUUGAUUUGGCGAACAAGGCCGUGUCGAAGAUCGGGCAGCACAUGUCUGGCGGUGGCGGCUCGAGUGGCGGGCCCACUGGAGGCUCCGAGGGAGGUGAGCAGCAGCCACCCGAGGCAGAAUAUGAGGAAGUGAAGAAGUAGGAUGGCUGAGAGUUGAUUCAGCUGAGUUCAUUUUUGUAUUUACAUAACUUUUAGUUAGGUGGUGUUAGGAGUUUGAUUAGAAAUUCCUCGGGCAGAAUUGAGCAUCGGAUUUCUUCUUUUUUUUUUUACAUAAAUUUGGUGAAGAAUGAUAUAUGCUGAAAUAUCGUAUAAUAAAUCCUAUGCCGUCUGGGGUAUGAGAUUUCGUUUUUGGAA